AUGCAAAGUUCAUUAGGAAGGACUGGAAACGCGGCUGCGGCUCUGCCCUCAGGAGCAGAGGACAUCCCCUACCGUCUUUGGCAGAAAGGCAUCAGUGAAGCGUUUGGGAUAACUGAUCUUCUACACAUUCAGCCAGCACCAAACAAUGGUACACAUGGUAGUCUAAACCAUCUUCUGAAGGCACCAUUUUAUGAGCCAUCUCAUGCAGGAGAAUUGUCAACACCUUCUACCUGUGGCUUUACUACUCCAUUGCCUACAGACACGCUGGACUGCGUAUGCGAUGUGCUGAAGCCUAAUUCUCAACUAGAACAAAUCAAUCAAAUGCUAAAUCUCACCGAAGGAGACAUCUCAGCAACAGUGAAAGUGAAUUUGCCAUUUGGAAGGCCCAGGGUGACACAGAAGAACAAAGAGCACUGUCUCCUUUACCAUAGGGAAUACAUCAGUGGAUACGGCAAAGCUAUGAAGAUGGCCAUGUGGAGCUCAUACACACUUCCCAAGCCGGGAAACACAUCACCCCUUCCUCCCACUGUCUCAGACUGUCUGCGGGCUGAUGUCAGGGUUGCUCCUUUGGAGAGCCAAAAAUGUUCCUUCUAUUUAGCAGACAAGAAUAUCACCCAUGGCUUCCUCUAUCCUCCUGCAAUCAAAGGAACUUCUGAGAGUCAGUAUGAUGCUUUGAUUACAAGUAAUUUGGUUCCAAUGUAUGAAGAAUUCAAAAAAAUGUGGCACUACUUCCAUGAGUUUCUUCUUAUAAAAUAUGCUGUGGAAAGAAAUGGAAUCAAUGUGGUUAGUGGACCAAUAUUUGAUUAUAAUUAUGAUGGCCAUUUUGAUGCUCCAGAUGAAAUUACACAACAUGUAGCCAACACUGAUGUUCCUAUCCCAACACACUAUUUUGUGGUGCUGACAAGUUGUAAAGACAAAGCCUACACACCCGACAGCUGUCCUGGGUGGUUGGAUGUCCUGCCUUUCAUCAUCCCUCAUCGACCCACCAACAUGGAAAGCUGUCCCGAAAACAGAACAGAAGACCUUUGGGUGGAAGACAGGUUUAAAGCACACAUUGCCCGGGUCCGUGAUGUAGAACUCCUUACUGGCCUUGACUUUUAUCAGGAAAAAGCACAGCCUGUCUCGGAAAUUUUGCAACUGAAGACAUAUUUACCCACAUUUGAAACUGUUAUUUGAAUGAAUGUAUAAAGCAAUUUGA